CAGCUAGCCCGGAGCCGCCGCGCCGGCCCGGCCGCCGCCGCUACCGCCUCUGCCGCCCCCAGAGCCGCUCGAGCCGCGGGAAGCGCCGCCGCUAUCGCCGCGGGCCGCCCCCGCCGCGCGGGCCUGGGCUCCGGCUGCCAGCGCCGCCGCAACCGCCACCGAAGCCGGCGCGGGAGCCCAAUCGCGCUGGGCUGGGCUGGGCUGGGCUGGGGCGGGCGCAGGGCGCAGGGGCGGGCGCGCGGGGGAAGACGCACGGGCGGGCUCGGCUCUCCCGGGGAGCGGCCCGGGACUGCACCCGGACCGGCGCCUCCCCGCUCCGCGCUGCCCUCGGCCUCGCCCCGGGCCCGGGCGGAUGAGCCGCGCGCCCGGGGGACAUGGAAGCGCUGACGCUGUGGCUUCUCCCCUGGAUAUGCCAGUGCGUUACCGUGCGGGCCGACUCCAUCAUCCACAUCGGUGCCAUUUUCGAGGAGAACGCAGCCAAGGACGACAGGGUAUUCCAACUGGCUGUAUCCGACCUGAGCCUCAACGAUGACAUCCUGCAGAGUGAGAAGAUCACCUACUCCAUCAAGGUCAUCGAGGCCAACAACCCGUUCCAGGCUGUACAGGAAGCCUGUGACCUCAUGACCCAGGGAAUUUUGGCUUUGGUCACAUCUACCGGCUGUGCGUCUGCCAACGCCCUGCAGUCCCUCACAGAUGCCAUGCACAUCCCACACCUCUUUGUCCAGCGCAACCCUGGGGGGUCACCACGCACCGCCUGCCACUUAAACCCCAGCCCGGACGGCGAGGCCUACACACUGGCUUCGAGACCGCCCGUCCGCCUCAACGACGUCAUGCUCAGGCUGGUGACAGAGCUGCGCUGGCAGAAGUUCGUCAUGUUCUACGACAGCGAGUAUGAUAUCCGUGGGCUCCAAAGCUUUCUGGACCAGGCCUCGCGGCUGGGCCUUGAUGUCUCUCUGCAAAAGGUGGACAAGAACAUUAGCCAUGUGUUCACCAGCCUCUUCACCACCAUGAAGACAGAGGAACUGAAUCGCUACCGGGACACACUGCGCCGUGCCAUCCUGCUGCUCAGCCCUCAGGGGGCCCACUCCUUCAUCAACGAGGCCGUGGAGACCAACCUGGCUUCCAAGGACAGCCACUGGGUUUUUGUGAAUGAGGAAAUCAGUGACCCCGAGAUCCUGGAUCUGGUUCACAGUGCUCUGGGCAGGAUGACCGUGGUCCGGCAAAUCUUCCCAUCUGCAAAGGACAACCAGAAAUGCAUGAGGAACAAUCACCGCAUCUCCUCUCUGCUCUGCGACCCCCAGGAAGGCUACCUCCAGAUGCUGCAGAUCUCCAACCUCUACCUGUACGACAGUGUUCUGAUGCUGGCCAAUGCCUUCCAUAGGAAGUUGGAGGACCGGAAGUGGCACAGCAUGGCGAGCCUCAACUGCAUACGGAAAUCAACAAAGCCAUGGAAUGGAGGGAGGUCCAUGCUGGACACAAUCAAAAAGGGCCACAUCACUGGACUCACAGGAGUGAUGGAGUUUCGGGAGGACAGCUCAAAUCCCUAUGUCCAGUUUGAAAUCCUUGGCACAACCUAUAGUGAGACCUUUGGCAAAGACAUGCGCAAGCUGGCGACGUGGGACUCAGAAAAGGGCCUGAAUGGUAGCCUGCAGGAAAGGCCCAUGGGCAGCCGCCUCCAAGGACUGACUCUCAAAGUGGUGACUGUCUUGGAAGAGCCUUUCGUGAUGGUGGCUGAGAACAUCCUUGGACAGCCCAAGCGCUACAAAGGGUUCUCCAUAGAUGUCCUGGAUGCACUGGCCAAGGCUCUGGGCUUCAAAUAUGAGAUUUACCAGGCUCCUGACGGCAGGUACGGUCACCAGCUCCAUAACACCUCCUGGAAUGGAAUGAUCGGGGAGCUCAUCAGCAAGAGAGCAGAUGUGGCCAUCUCCGCCAUUACCAUCACACCGGAGAGGGAGAGUGUUGUGGACUUCAGCAAGCGGUACAUGGACUACUCAGUGGGGAUUCUGAUUAAGAAGCCUGAGGAGAAAAUCAGCAUCUUUUCCCUUUUUGCACCAUUUGAUUUUGCGGUGUGGGCCUGCAUUGCAGCCGCCAUUCCUGUGGUUGGUGUGCUGAUAUUUGUGUUGAACCGGAUACAGGCUGUGAGGGCUCAGAAUGCUACCCAGCCUAGACCUUCUGCUUCUGCCACCCUGCACAGUGCCAUCUGGAUUGUCUACGGAGCCUUUGUCCAGCAAGGUGGGGAAUCUUCUGUGAACUCCAUGGCCAUGCGCAUUGUGAUGGGCAGCUGGUGGCUCUUCACCCUCAUCGUGUGCUCCUCCUACACAGCCAAUCUUGCUGCCUUUCUCACAGUGUCCAGGAUGGAUAAUCCUAUAAGGACGUUCCAGGACCUGUCCAAACAAGUGGAGAUGUCUUAUGGUACCGUCCGGGAUUCUGCCGUCUACGAGUACUUCCGCGCCAAGGGCACCAACCCCCUGGAGCAAGACAGCACAUUUGCCGAGCUCUGGCGGACCAUCAGCAAGAAUGGAGGGGCUGACAACUGUGUGUCCAAUCCCUCAGAAGGCAUCAGGAAGGCAAAGAAGGGGAAUUAUGCCUUUCUGUGGGACGUGGCCGUGGUGGAGUAUGCAGCCCUGACAGAUGACGACUGCUCAGUGACUGUCAUUGGCAACAGCAUCAGCAGCAAGGGUUAUGGGAUUGCCCUGCAGCAUGGCAGCCCCUACAGGGACCUCUUCUCUCAGAGGAUCCUGGAGCUACAGGACACAGGGGACCUGGAUGUGCUCAAGCAGAAGUGGUGGCCACACACAGGCCGCUGUGACCUCACCAGCCACUCCAGCGCCCAGGCCGAUGGCAAAUCCCUCAAGCUACACAGUUUUGCUGGGGUCUUCUGCAUCCUGGCCAUUGGCCUCCUCCUCGCCUGCCUGGUGGCUGCCCUGGAGUUGUGGUGGAACAGUAACCGGUGCCACCAGGAGACGCCCAAAGAGGACAAAGAGGUCAAUCUGGAGCAGGUGCAUCGACGCAUGAACAGCCUCAUGGAUGAAGACAUUGCUCACAAGCAGAUUUCCCCUGCAUCUAUUGAGCUCUCAGCCCUAGAGAUGGGGGGCCUGGCUCCCAGCCAGGCCUUGGAGCCAACACGGGAGUACCAGAACACCCAGCUCUCCGUCAGCACCUUUCUGCCAGAACAAAGCAGCCACGGCACCAGCCGGACACUCUCGUCAGGGCCCAGCAGCAAUCUGCCGCUGCCGCUGAGCAGCUCUGCCACCAUGCCCUCCAUUCAGUGCAAACACAGGUCGCCCAAUGGGGGGCUGUUCCGACAGAGCCCGGUGAAGACCCCCAUCCCCAUGUCCUUCCAGCCCGUGCCUGGAGGCGUCCUUCCAGAGGCUCUGGACACCUCCCACGGCACCUCCAUCUGACCGCGCCGCCUGCCCUCCCGCCCGCCCACCCACCCGACCAGCAGAGCUUUUUAAUACAAGAAAACAACAACACAAACCACACACAAAUACACACACACACACAUACACACACAGAGAGACUCUUUCAUUUUUCUUGUACAUAUGUGUAAAUAAUGACAGAAUGGAGUGGGGUAAAAGUGUAUUUUGAAUAUUCCCAAUUUUCGAAGUCAGUAAAAAAAAAACACAAAAACUGUAUGAAUGACUUUGUAAAUUUUGUUCUAUAUGAAUAAAAAGGCAAAUUACUUGUGAUCAUUCUGAAGUGCCAAAGGAGCCCCCUGUUCCUGGGCCUUUCUGAGGGCAGGAAGGGCAAUCAGAUAAGGGGCCCCUUCCUGUUGGGGAGAAGGAAGACUAGGAGCCCCAGUGCUGCUUGCUGCCGUGCCCCACGGCUUCCCACUUGGUUCCUUUGCUCCUGGGCCCUCCUUCCUCCUAUAGUCCCCUUGGGUAGAUAGAGUGAGUCUGGAGCCAGCAUUGGCCUGGUGCAUUGGGUCACUGUACUGUAGGGUUAUCCACUGUUCUGUGAGCCUGGCACUUAGGAGGUGUCCUGGCCAAUCCAGCUCAAGAUGGUGACCACACCACGAGUCACAGCGUGUAGUGUGCAGCUGCCUCAUGAGCCCCAGAGAAGCUGCCCAUAUUGAGGUAACAAUCUCUGAUGCCAAUUUGUUCUAAUAUCAUCCUGUUGGUCUUGUUUUUGUUUUUUAACUUUCUCUACCUACUUAGAAGAAUCAGCCAGUGAAAGACUAUGGGGGAAGGAGAGCAGGUUCCAUCAUUGCCGGGGCCAAGGUGGGAUUGGCCUGGUGGAAGGUACUUAGGGAUAAAGAGAUGUGAAGUAUAUAUGGUUGGUGAUACAGACCAUGUAAGGUGGUAGGAUGAGAGGUCAGGUAAAGGAAGGCUAUUCACGUGGGGUUGGAUCAUGGCCCCAGAAGAGAGAGGAAAGUGUGGUCACAGAAGCAGGGAGUGGAAGCAUUGUGGUUUCAGGGAAAAGGAUCUUGCUGGAAGGAGUUAGGGAAGGUGUCCGCAGGUGAUGGGUAAUCUAGGAAUUAGAGAAGAGGUCCCUGACCCAUAGGAGAAAAGCAUAACUAUAAUAUGAAGACAAGUAUUUCCCAUCCUCUAGGGAACUUGUUUUAAGCCCCCAAAGUAAAGGCGCAUCAGGAAGUUGGCCAAACAGGGCCAAAUACCACAUGAGUCCUCUCUCCUGGUUUUACCACCUUCUCAGACCAGAAAUCCUCAGUGAAGGGAUCAAGUUCACAGCAAAAGCCCUCCAGGGUAAGAUCAUCUUAUGUCUUCUGAGAUCCCCAGGUCUAUUCCUGAGCUAGUGAAGUUGCUGGAAACCCUGUUUCCUAAAACCAGGACAAUCCAAAGGCCUAAUCUCCCUCUAUCACCCUUUCUAGGGCAACUAAACUACAGACCCAGAGAAAAAAAAAAAUCAGGAAUAGGUAAUGGGGCAGGGGGUCUGAGCUACUUUUUUAGUCCCUCUCCUUUUGAAGACAAAGGUGAUUCUGAUCUCCUAACCUGUCAGGACAGGGAACACAGUCCACAUAGGGCACAGAGGAGAGCAGGGCUCCUACCCCAGCAUGAAUCAGGAAGCCAAGAACCUGAGUCCUGAAGACUCAGUUCUAUUACUUGCUUCUCCAUAUCCCUGUGGAGUUACUGGAGAGAUGUAUUUAUGAGGGUGAUAACUAGCUCCCAAUUUAUUUCUUUCUUGAAGUUCUGAGUGACAUGAUUGAGCAGUAAGGAAUGGCCACAUCACACCGCCAGCUAAAAGCACCCCAGGGAAGAGAGUGUUUAUAAUUACGUUAUUUAUCUUUUGGUGCUGAGAAUGGCCUGAUGCUAGCCUUAUGGAGGUGAUCCAUUGACAGCUCUCCAAUCAGAGUAUGUGGAGCUUGGAAUCAGGCAUGCAUAACAGAGCAUAGGUUGGUUACCACCACCCCAAGAAACAGCAGGCUUGUUUUCUUCCCAUCAGCAUUUUGGGGGACCUACACUGGAUGGCCAAGUUUUCAUAUAUAUACUCUCUCUAUUUUUAAAAUCAACCUGAGAUCUCACUGCCUUAUCUCACACCCAAGUCUGUUUUUCCCCCCCUGAGAUGAACAAUCUUCUGAGGUAUAUCACGGAUAUAGGUGUCUUCUUGGACAGCUUUGCUUAGAAUGGGUAUCAGGGAGGGAGAGAGGUGGAGUGUGUGUGUGUGUGUGUGUGUGUGUGUGUGUGUGUGUGUGUGUGAAAGAGAGAGAGAGAGAGAGAGAGAGAGAGAGAGAGAGAGAGAGAGAGAGAGAGAAAACCAGCAUCUUUGAGGGAAAAGAACACUGCUUCUAAAAUUCCCUUACACCUCAUGGUGUUAUUCUUCAUCAUGUUUAUGUUGUGUUUUUUGAAUUUCUUACUCUUGGCAUGAAGGGAAAUGAUUGACAUUCAAGAAAAUUCUCUAGGGGGAAAACAACAACAAAUAACAAAACCUGAAUCUUCCCAACUCAGAUUUUGGUGUCAGCUCAGAAUGUAUCUUUUUUUCAUGCUUUGCUCUUUGGAUUUAUAACUCUGUUUAGAUGAUUCCAUACAUUUUAGGUAUAUUUUGUGCCUUCAGACACUGCAAAUAAUAAUCAGCAUUUGGAUUAAAGUUGUUUAAUAAUAAAACUUGUCUGCUCCCUACGCUCUUAUUCUCUGGGAUGAAGAAAUGCCGUCUGCUUGU